AUGGCACUUUUAUUUGCACUCGAUCAUGGAAGCACAGCACUAUUGUUUUCGAUAGAAGAAAGAAGCGCAAUACUAACACUCCUGUGCCUAUUCUCUUUCCAUGUCUGUCCAGACCAGCUGCCCAGUCUGCCCAGCGACAUCACGUUCGAGAUCUGCACGUCGUCGUCCUCGUCGUCGCCGCCGCCUCCUUCAGCGCCCUCGACGACGGCGACGAGGAGCGGCGAGGAGACGUUCAGCGAAGGCAACACGUCCAGCACGUACAUCAAGUCGGAGCGAGUGGUCAGCGGAAUGCACUUCCUCACCGACCGGGAGGAGGAUCGGGGUGAUCUGUUGCUACCCAAGUCGGAGUCCGGAGAGGCUGAGCCGGAGGUCAGGAAACAGCUGCUGGAAUACCUCAUUCAAAACGACGGUUCCGUAGUCUGCAAGUGGUGCGGCGAGGUACUACCGUCUCGAACCCGUUGGUACAGGCACAAGUACAAACUCCACGUCUCCACCCAGGUCACCCAGCCGGCGCCGCUGUUCAAGUGCCACAGCUGUAACGCUUACUUCAAGUCCCGUAAAGGUUACAUUGGUCACCUGAGUUCCCGCCACUCCGACAACGAGAACGACGAGAACAGAGAAGAACCGGCCAACAAGAAGGCCCGGAAAACCUCUGACAUCGGGAAAGGGCCUGACUGGGAGCAGCAGCGGGAGAAAGAAGAGAAACUGGUGGCUGACAUAAUCGAUCGGGUGAAAAGGGAGUGCGAGGCUCAGGGUGAAACGGUAACGAGACGAGGCUACUCCAGGCGAUCCACUGUGAUGAACAGCUAAGGAAUAAGGUUAAAGAAACGUAUAAAGGGAAAUCUUGUGCCAUAUCAUCGUCGUACGAUGUCCUCCUCGUUAAACGACUCGAAGAACGUCAAUCGGGUCCGCGCAGAUCUAAUCCCUGUCGACGUUCAAUCUCCUCGUGUCUUUUAGCCGGCUACGAGCAGCCCUAUACCUUGAUUAAGCGACUAAGAUACUCGAGUUUUAGGGACACUACUAAGAUCAAAUUAGGAUUAGUUUGGACACGUAUUUACGGCGGCGUUCUAUGCUCAAUCGUUAAAGAAGAAUCCUGUAAAUCGAACUGCA